AUGAAUAUCAUCAAGGACAAAUUGGCGUCGCGAAUAAACCUCAAGCGCCAAGGACGGCUGCACUACUUGCUCGGUGACGCGUACGACAAGAUUUGCUCGAGCGCUUGA